AUGAGUAAUUUGGAACAAAUUGAGGCUGCUGAGUCGCUCUCAUGGUCCGAAAUCCGAAUUUGGAGAGAUACGGAUGGGGAUGAGUUCGUGCUUGCAAAAAAAUUGUUUCAAGGCCUGGUGGUAGGUGUGAGCCGAGCAAACAGGGCGAAACAUCCAAACAAGCACGGGCAAAAGUCACUGAACGUUCGGCAAAACUAUGAAGAUGAUGUGGAGCAACUCACCUCUUGCAUGUCAAUAAUGCAACGUGUGACAAUUUCUAACAGUAACACGCCGUUGUUAUCUUGUCGGCGCAUCAUGUCCCCAAUAAUGGACAGCAGGUCCCAAACACCACCAGGAUCGUUGCCCCGGAGCGAGUGGAGAACGGAGUGGAAAUUCUCCACAUCUGGAGGUGAACUGGAAUUAAGCGACCCGAUGUCACUCUGUGACAACCUUCCGGUGCCCGGCUGCCAUGCCAUCAGAAGGAAGCAGGAGGGCUGGGAUGCUGCCAGGUUGCCCAGGGAAAGUCGAGAGGCAAAUGUCGGGUUCGAACCGCAGAACUUCCGGUCAGUAACUUCGCGCUCUAACCACCGAGCCAUCUCAUUGAGCAAUAGGAAAAUAAACAAAUUAAUGUUUUUGACGGGACCUUCUCCGUCCUUGUCCUUGCAUGGGGGCGAGACAGCUCAGUGGCUAGAGUGCGAAUUUACUGACCGGAAGGUCUGUGAUUCUAAUCCGACCUCUGCAUCUCGACUUCCCUAG